AUGCUCCGAGUCAAGAAAGAUUCUCCUUUUUCUACACAAGAACCAGAACAACAGUAUGUGCCCUUAAAACAAGUGAGUAUCGAAGCAUACAUUAAAUCAUUUGCUGUAGAUGUAACGAUCAAGCAAAUUUUUCGCAAUGAUGAGACGAAACCAAUCGAAGCAGUGUACUGUUUUCCGAUAGAAGAACAAGCAGCAAUCUACUCAUUUGUUGCUCGGAUUGAUGAUCGAGAAAUUGUUGCACAAUUGAAAGAGAAAAAGGAAGCACAAAAAGAAUAUAGUGAUGCACUUCAACAAGGACAUGGUGCAUAUUUACUUGAACAAGAUGAAAAAUCUCAAGAUAAUUUUAUUAUCAAUGUUGGUGCACUACCACCCGGUAAAGAGUGUCAUAUCUCUAUAUCGUAUGUCUCCGAACUAGAUCUUGUUCAAAAUGGAAGUCAAAUUCGAUUUGUUGUUCCAACAACUAUCGCACCUCGAUACAAUCCAAACAAAGGUGGCAUUAGUUCCCCAGCUGGUACCACGUCCAAAUACAUUCAAACAGCUCCAUAUACAAUUGAAUUUCGUUGUCGGGUCGAGAAAACCAACAUCUCUCGAGUUAGUUCGACAUCUCAUCCCAUUCAAGUUGAAGUCGGUCAAGAGCAUGUCUAUGUCGUCGAGUUUGCCCAACAAAACACACAUCUAGAUCGAGAUAUCUUACUAGAUAUUGAAUUAGNGCCAGCGCAGCCACGCAUCAGUCACCUCUUCUCUCAUAGCAUCAACCGUUAA